AUGCACUUCAACUUCUCCGUGGCUCUUGUCGCCGCGCUGGCCACCUCUGCUCAGGCUGAGCAUCAUCUGCGCCAGCGUCAGUUCCAUCGCCACGGCCCCGGCAGUGACCUGCCCACCAUCUACAGCACGGUUGGCCCCUCCUCCUCCGCUGCUCCGGUUCCUGUUGCCUCCAGCAGUGUUGCUCCCAUCCCGGCCAGCUCGAGCACCUCUGUUCCCAUUCCUCUCGGCACUGGUGCCGCAAGCUCGGGCUCUGCUGGCUCCGCUACUUCCGAUGUGACCGUGACCUAUACUCUGGGCACCGGCACUUCCACCAACGUCGUGACCACCACGAUUCACUACACCGCUACGAACGAGCACACUGUUUGGGCUACCGAGACUCCCGCCGCCGAUGGCCACUCCCAGCAGGGCUCUGGUGAUGAGGGCGAGACGACUAUCACCCGCCACUCCACUGCCACUGUGACUGCCACUCUCGUCGAGGCUCCCACCAGCGUGGUGACUGGUGCCAGCGGUCAGACCUGUGGCCCUGCUUCCACCGUCACCGUGACUGCCACUGAGACCAUUACUGUCAACAACGGUGUCACCUCCGUCCCCACUGGCGCCAACAAUGUGCAGGUCAGCAGCUCUAGCGAUGCCGACACGGAGACCUCUUCCGCGGCGCCCAUCCCUAGCGCCACCCCUAGCGCCCCCUUCGGCAACGGCACCUUGCCCAUCCCCCACUCUAGCAGCGCCUCGCGCUUCGCCACCAGCUCCAUUAUUCCCUCCAGCUCGGCCAGCUUCACCAUCCCCAGCGCUGUCCCGACUCCCUCCGGCACUCCUGGCGCCUUUCGCCCUUCUUUCCACCGCCGCUUCCUGUAA